AUGCAUGGCAUGGAGUCCAUCGACCGAAGUCUUAUGGCAGCCACACCAACUUCUUUUGACUGGCAAAGCCCACCACCUCAUCUCAAUAUUGAUACGACAAUUCCAGCCUCCUUCACUGCGGACGAUCUAGACCUGGGAAGCUUCUCAGCUGGGGGCAGCAUGCCAUCCAUUGAGAUAAACGAAUGUGAGCCUUUCCCCAGCUUUGCAUCGCCAUCUUCACCAGUACCUUCAUUUUGGUCAGAUACCACGCGCGCCUCGUCUCCCGAUAUGCCGCCCACGUCCGCGCCGUCCCAAUUAGCCACGAUAUUGCAGUAUCCGUCAAACAGCAAGCCAUUUGUGUCACCAGUGGAACCGCAUACGGCGCCAUCAUGGGAGUUUAUGGCCCAGGCGAGCUCUAGUCAUCUCAAACCUGAAGCUACCGGCAGCCGAGGACACUCCAGAAAGACAUCCGCAUCGUCGCUUUCGCUUGAUAGCGACAAUCAGGUCAUGUCGCCAAUCCCAGAAGUCGAGGACGACCUGCUGCCCCUAGCACCCACGCCAUGUUUACCUCGACAAGGCCUAUUUGCUGCCAGUCGUACAGAAAGCCCAGCGCUGGGUUCUUCACGGUCAAGCUUCACAGACCGCAGCCGGGCCCUUGCAACUACUCCGCUACCAAGUCGCUUCGAGGCAGAAACACUCACCACUGAAUUCGUGCAAUACCUCGAAUCACUGGAAUACAGGCCAUAUUCGAUCUCACCGCAAUUAUUUUCUCGGUUCUGCGAAGCUGUGUAUCCGAAUCCGCAGCGAACGGUAUCCAUGGAGCUUUCUACCUCGAUUCCAAUGGCCCGCUGUCAUGUUUUCCUUGCAAUGGCCAUCGCUAUGAAGGUGCGCAUCAAAGACUCUCCCGAGAACACGAAUGCUUUGCUCAACACUUGUUAUGAGCUGGCAAUGCAACAAACAACGUCGUCUACCUUUUGGCAGGAAAAUGGAGGGGUUGAGGCAGCUCAGCUACUGUCGAUUUUCGCAUCUAUCCGAAACACCUCUAGCAGUGAACCGAGGCCUUUGCAGCAGUCGUUUUCUUGGUAA